UGGUGAAACAACAGCAACAACUUUGGCAUCCACAAGUACCCCUCCAACAUCCUUCACUGUAGCACCAACAUCGACAACUGAUGCAGGAACCUCAACUAUGCCUGAAAUCACAACUAUUAUGGGAGAGAUAACAACAACCUCAGCUUCCAUAAGCACAAUGGCUUCCACAACCACAACAAACCCUAAAACAUUUUCAACUAAAGAAACAAGCACUAAAACUCAUCUAAAAACAACAACGAUGUAUGAAGGUAAAAGCACAACUACAGCUCCCAAAGCUACCACUACAAAAUUGGUGACGGUCUCAACAACAGAACCAAACACUACAAUUCAUCCAACAACCUCAACUAUGGCUGAAACAAAGCAAAUAACAACUAAAUCCAUGUCUACCUCACCAGCAACUGCCAAUGUUACAUCAAUAAAGCCACACACUCAAACCUCCAUAUCAGGAACUAUACCAUCAAAUGUCACUCAGGCAGCAAUAACCCAAUUCACUACAACUUCAACCCUAACAGUGACUGACAAGAUAUCUCUGAAACCUGAACAAACACCAACUGUGAUUGGGAGGGUGAUUAUUUACAUUCGUCUCAUAUUUGUCACACUGGGCCCUAUACCAAGUGAGGGUAAAAUAAUAAAGUUAGCUAACUCUCUCCUGGAUUCACGUCUAAGUACCCCUGUGAGCUUUGUGAAUGUUACUUAUACAAAAAUUUCCAAUACCUCAUAUGCCCUGAAUUUUGGAUUUCAAAUCAACAAUGUUUCCAUGUCAGAGAAACUUGAACUCAGGAAUAGCACAUAUCAGUUAAUCCAGGACUCUAUAAAUAAACUGCUGAACCAGAUCCUAACAGAGCCCACAGCCUCUCCAUUUCUGUUCAAUGGCACCAGUUUCACGGAAAAUUCCACCACUAUUGAGGCUAGUGUACAGUAUGUUUUCUCAGAAAGUGAUAUCAAGAAACCCAGUGCCUUUCUCAAUGCACUUCUUGGGGUUAAUAUGGAGACUAUUACCACAACUACACCUGCUGCAAAAACAACCACUUUGUUCCCCACAGUGCUGAGCACUUCAAUCAUAAACAACAGCACUAGUGUAGCAUGGAUUGCAGCCAUAAUCGUCCCUUGUGCUAUUGCCAUCAUACUUGUACCGUGCUGGAUUUUCCUUUGUUGUUUGCUCUGUGGAUGCUUCACAGGAUUAAGACGACGUUGGCACAGAAGACAGUCAUACAAUGUACAAUACACCACUCGAAACAGCCUUUUCUAGAGAACUAGAGACUUGUUUCAAUAAGAGAAAUACAUCAGGAAAUAUUACUAGCACGAAUAUGUUAUAUUACUAAUCCAAAUUGUGACAAUGGAAUACUUUAAAUUCAGAUUUAUCUUUCUAUAAUAAAUAUAUCUUAGAGAUGUUAUAAUCACAACAUACUAUUUAUUAUUUUCUUGCGCCUGUAUUGCUGGACAGACAGGAUCUCAAAUUGUGAUGAAUGUAAUGUAAUUUAUUUUCAGAAUUUAAUAUAUAUAUGAGGGACAAUAUGGAUAACAAUAUGUUAAACCUAUUAACUUUUUUAUGCACUGUAUCUUUCUGUAACUCAAAUUAAAAAAAAAUCAUACGCAUUGUUCAACAAGAAAAGCAAUGAAAG